CCUUUUUUCCCUCCUUAACACUUUUUCUUUUUGUUUCUUGGGAGAAAAAAAACAAUGCUGCGUUAUUUCGUAUGGUGCCUUAUAGUGCAGUUUACAGUAUCAGCAUUAACACAAUGUCCUUUCCGUACAACGGACCACACUUUUAUAAGUUUGAACAAGCAUUUAAACAAUAGAGGUGCAUCGGGAACAGGAUCAAAUUUAGACGGUACGGGCGUGUAUUUUACAUGUCCCUUAAAGAGCUCGGUGACAGUGGGCACGGUAAAAUAUGAGUUACCACAGCAUGAAACACAGGAUAACACAGUUUGUCUUGGACAAGUUAUCCCCUUACCAAAUCGUCACCUCGGUGCUCUUUCCUUACUCGUCUCCGUCAAUCACGGUCCAAUCACAACAAACAUGGUGAUUAUCUAUAACGACGGUUCACAGACAAGUACAUCAUUGAGUUUACCUGAUUGGCAAGUAAGACACGCCUCACAAAUUACUCGCUUGGAUACUUUACCGUGUCGUAUCAGUAACGGGUUCGAAGGUACACUCAUGUCAAUCCCGCUCGUGAUAGACCCAACCAAAGUAGCUUCGCAUCUGAUUUUACCAUACACCAACCCCAUCGGUUCAUUUCGACCUGCACUCCAUCUCUUUGCCAUUACAGCUACGCAUGUGACUCCCAGUGGUGUAAACAUUAUUUCUGCAAAGGGAACAAGACGAUGGUGGGAAAAUAAGCCGUACCAAAUUGUUGCGGUCAAAGUUCAGAACACAAGUCCAUACUGGGUUAGAGACUUGAGCAUCUUUAUUGAAGGUUCGCUACUAAAAACUAAAUAUCAUGGUGUUGUGCGACGUUUAGCCCCGGGACAUAUCAUGACGGUCGAUGUAGCCAUCUUGACCUUGCGCAAGAAAAUGGAGCCUACACAGAUUUUGGUAGAGGUCAUUAAUACAAAUGGAAAACCCAUGGCAGUGCCUGCUACGAUCGACCAUGUUGAGAUUGGUUUGGAAGACUAUGCACCUACGCCCGAGUCUUUGGGUAAGCACACUGUGCCGGCAUGGUUUCAAUCAGCUAGAUUUGGAAUCUUCAUUCAUUGGGGUGUCUAUUCUGUCCCCGCUUGGGCUCCCGUAGGCCAAGAUUAUGCAGAAUGGUAUUGGUGGAACUAUAAUCGCAGGUUUAGUCCUACCUACAAUUACCACCGUUCCGUUUAUGGAGCUGAAUUCGAAUACGAUCAGUUCAUUGAAAUGUGGAAACCAGAUCACUUUGACCCGCACGCUUGGUUAGAUUUAAUUGAUGCAAGUGGGGCCAAAUAUUUUGUAUUUACAUCCAAACAUCAUGAUGGCAUUGCUCUAUUUGACACAAAGGUGAAUAAUAGGUCCAGUGUUCAGAUGAAUCCACAUAAAGAUUUUGUAAAAGAACUUUUGGAUACUGCCAAAUCCUCCUUCCCACAUUUAAAAAGAGGCAUUUACUUUUCCUUGCCAGAAUGGUAUCAUCCUAGUUAUCAUGAUAGUUCUAUCAACUGGAAUGGACCUCCCAUCAACCCUUACAACGAAAAGAUCGCUCCUUAUGCAGGCGCACCGGCUGUUUCAGAUUUUGUAAACCAAGUUCAAGUACCACAAAUUCACGAAAUCAUUGACAAUUAUGACCCAGACAUUAUGUGGUGUGAUAUUGGUGGUAUCAACAAUUCAACAGCAUGGCAGGCUGAUUUUUUAAACAAGGGCAGAAAACAGGGUAGAGAAGUGGUGAUGAAUGAUCGUUGUGGAAACUCCGUGUCUGAUUUCGCCACGAUUGAAUACCGAGCUAUUGAUUAUGUACCUGAGCGAUUUUGGGAAUCCACACGUGGCGUCGAUCCACACUCGUUUGGAUUUAAUCGGGAGACAAAACCACAUCAAUAUGCCACCACAGUGUCAUUACUUCAAGAACUUGUCUCUACAAUUUCCAAGGGUGGUAACUUUUUGCUUAAUAUCGGACCCGAGGCGUCUGGAUUGAUUCCUCCUGCUAUGGUCAACACCUUGCUCGAGAUGGGACGGUGGAUUGAUAAGACCAGUGACGCCAUUUUUAAUUCGGUGCCUUAUUGGGUAACUCCCACUGAUUUUAAUGAACCAGGACAACCACUGUAUUUCAUGCACUCCAAGGACCACAAGACGUUUUAUAUAUUUAGCUUUAACCGGCCUUCGGCACAACGAUUGGUCAUCAAGUCGUCUCUACCUUUACAUGAGGAUGCCAAAAUUUCUUUAAUUACAAAAGAAAGGUACGGAGAACAACUUCUAAAUUGGAAAGUAUUUAGCAAUGGUCGACUCAUUGUGGAUGUCCCUGACAAUGUGUUGGAUUUGGAAAAAUUAAUGUGGGUAUUUAAGAUUGUCUCGCCGUGAUCUUUUCUGAUGAUAAUAACAAGAAAAUAAAACUGUUUAAAAAUGACACAGAA